UGGUACCACGGGUUGAUUAGUCGUACCCAGGCUGAAGACAUACUGAGGCCGCACAAAGAGGGAAGUUACCUGGUUAGGACAAGCGAGAGCAAUCAUGCUGAUUACUCUCUGUCUGUUAAGAGUACGAAAGGUUUCAUCCAUAUGAGAAUUGUACAUCGGAGAGAGGACGGUGGCCAGUACAUACUCGGCCAGUUCAGCCAACCCUUUCUGUCCAUUCCC